AUGCGUUCUAGUAAACACUAUGCUGGAGAGGGACCGCCCAAGGAGCGGCUGACACCUGCUAUGCCGUCGUUCGGAUCGCGUCGUGAAACGUCUGCAGACACUUUUGGCCGUCAAAGGACAUGCGCUCCUGUACGCAGACUUGAUUUAAAGUGUUCAGCCCUAGUGCUGAGACGAACAGAGUACCCACUAUCGGUUAGAGAACGAGAGUUGGAUGCGGGUGUCACGAGACCACCCGGACGAUCCACAACCAUCCAAAUGUCCCCAUCUUCAUGUGGGCCUCUAAAAGUGCAACGACGUUUGCGUGACUUUUGCACUAGGCUGCUGUGGAGAAUUAUCCAAGAAGAUGCAGAUGUUGUUUUGCAACAUGUUGAGUUUAUUCGCAUUUACUCCGGACCCGAAAUAUACGGUCCAGACCGGCCCAUCAUUGAUCAGUACAAUUUUUGA